GUUUUCGUAAAGUGUAAACAGUUCGAACAGAAAUAGCGUCUCGUGAGUGCGGAACGUAUGUUUUUAUUAAGCUUCUUUUUAUUCUGUUUUCGAUUUAACAUCGGGAUCGAUUUUCGCGACUUUCGCAAACUGUUUAUUGACGAUAUAGAUUUAGUGGUGAUUCCCCGGAAGCGUUACGAGAACGGAUCCUUUCACAAAACCAAACUUUUUCAACACUUUCAAUCUAAGAGCCCACAGUCAAACGAGUCUACUUGUUGAACUGUACAUGUGAGGCCAUAAAAGAAACCGGCGAUAACAAGAUGGAACUCAACAAAAUUUAUCAGUAACAAUAAACGGUAGCCAUGUCGCCAUCAUGGCUCAUAAAAACCCACGACUACCUAUGCCGUCACUUCCUUCUCCUACUGGCAUUAACAGCCGUACUAUGUCACGCCUGGUUACCAGACAGUUCCACGAAAAUAAUCAACGCCAUAAGCAAAACCACCACAAUUAAGUUCGACUCCAAGUCCAACAUCCCAGAACAUUUCAUCGUUCUUCACCAAGACGAAACGUCCAUCCUCCUCGGCGGCCGAAACUCAGUUUACAAUCUCAGCGUCACCGAUUUUUCCGAACGGAAAGAGAACAAACUGGAAUGGAGCUCAACAGAACCACACGUCGAGUUAUGUCUCCUCAAAGGAAAACGCGUAGAAGACUGCCAAAAUUAUAUUCGCAUUUUAGCAGUUACAUCGCAAAAUCAAAUUUUCGUUUGUGGAACUAAUUCGUACAAACCUAUGUGCCGAUAUUAUAAUGUACAAAAUGGGCAAUAUAACGUGGAGAAUGAAGUCCAAGGAACAGCAAAAUGUCCUUACGAUCCGGAACAUAACAGCACCGCCGUUUUUAGUAACGGCCAAUUAUAUUCGGCUACCGUGGCUGAUUUUUCCGGAGGAGAUCCUCUUAUUUAUCGCGAACCUCAACGAACUGAAUUAUCAGAUUUGAAACAAUUAAAUGCUCCAAACUUUGUCAGCUCAUUACCUUACGGCGAUUACAUAUUCUUCUUUUACCGAGAAACGGCGGUUGAGUACAUAAAUUGUGGAAAAGUAAUAUAUUCGCGCGUGGCGAGGGUUUGUAAGGAUGAUAAAGGUGGGCCGCGGCAAUUUCGUGAGAAAUGGACGUCGUUUUUGAAGGCUAGAUUAAAUUGUUCAGUUCCUGGAGAAUAUCCCUUCUAUUUUGAUGAGAUUCAAUCUACAAGUGAUAUUAUCGAAGGUAAUUAUGGGUAUAAUGGGACAAACAAAAUCAUUUACGGGACCUUAACAACCCCAACAAACGCUAUUGGAGGAUCAGCGAUAUGUGCAUACAGCGUAAACGACAUUCUUGCGGCUUUCGAUGGGAGUUUCAAACACCAAGAGACGAUGAAUUCCAAUUGGUUACCCAUCCCCGAGGAUAAAAUCCCCGAAGGAAAACCGGGUCGAUGCGUUCAAGAUAGCCGAUUGCUUUCGGAAAGCAUCGUAAACUUUGUAAAGUCGCAUUCAUUAAUGGAAACCGCCGUUCCUGCGUUUUUUGGCAAACCUCUCUUAAUCCGGGUAAGUCAAGAAUAUCGUUUUACAUCGAUAGCGGUUGAUCCCCAAGUUCCAACCGUGAAUGAUGGAAAAUUGGACGUUUUAUAUGUCGGUACAGACGAUGGGAAAGUAUUAAAAGUCGUCAACAUAGCUUCAGGAAACACCACAAAAACCGUGGUGAUAUCCGAAAGCGUGAUUUUAGCCAAAAAAGCGCCUGUUAAACAAUUAAAAAUCGUUCCUGGUUACGGUAAAGUUGUUGUUGUUGGUAUCGAAGAAGUCCGCUUGGCUACGUUGAAUCAUUGCGAAAACAUGAAGAGUUGCAACGAAUGCGUAUCUUUACAAGACCCACACUGCGCAUGGGAUGAUUACAACUUCGCAUGUGAAACCCUUGAUGAAACGAUAUCAAAAAGAACUUCUUUAAUCCAAGACAUUAAGUUCGGAAAUCCCCAAAAAUGUAAUAUGCCAGGAAAUAGAAAACCAUUCUUUCCCAACAAAGAAAUUUAUAAAAACACAAUUAACGACGAAGAUCACCUCAAUAUAAACAACGAUCUAAAUAACGACGAAAGCAUCAAAGAUUGUGGUGAUGAUGAAAGCAACGAAAUUAGAGCUGGUUGUGCCAUACAACAAGCCCAAAUGGAUUGUGCUAAAAAAUGGCAAAAUAUUGGAAUAAUAGCAAGUUUGGCUUGUUUAAUUAUCGGUUUUAUUUCUGGUUAUUGCAUGUCAAAAAAGUGUCAACAUGGUCCUCAAUAUCCAAAUCCGACUCCUUUCAUAGAACAACACAAUCAUUUGGAUCGAUCAACACCGAGAGCUACGAAAUCGGUUAAUUUAAAUGUUUCGCAAAAUAAUCCGCAACCUAAAAAGGACAAUCUCGAUAUAAGUAAAGAUUUGAAUAUUUUGGAUCAUGACACGGGGACGUUACAGAAAAUAAAAAAAACUUACAUAUAAAUUUGUGAAUAAAAUAAAAAGUGUACCUGCUGAUGAACUAAAAACGAAUUAAAUCGCGUGACAAUUAAUUAAAGCCACGUUGGUGUGUGUGAUGUGAAAAAAAAUAUAAUCGAUUUUAAUUAAAAACUAAAAAAGAAACUUUAAAGAAUACUCAUCCUGUAAAUAAAAUUUCAAAAAUUUUCCCAAUAUAAUUUUUAAGUCUAAAUUCUAGCUUAGUAAUUUUAAUCUUUUUUUUUGUAUAAAAGUCGCUCAACAAAACCCAAAACAUGGCAACGAGGAAGCGUAAAGUUUUAUUUACGUGACUCUUUUAAAAGAUAAUUGUGAUAAUCCUAGAGGCAUCUAUAUUAAGUACUGUAAGGUUUGCGAACUGAGAACCCUCCUCUCUUUCGAUUGUAUAGUACAAAAUGGAAUUUAUAUCUAGAACCACGCUAAUUAUAAAUAAUAUAUAUUCAAUGUAAUUGUCUUUACGCAAUAAAUAUAAGUAAUAGAAUUAUA